GCGGCUCUGCAGGGAUCACCUUGUAUCCCAGUAGCCAGUUGCUGUCAGUCGGGCGGCGGAGAGAACACAGAGCACACCCAGCAUCCAGGUCACAAUGUCCAAGUCUCCAGUAUCCGAGGCGGGAAGCGCCUUCAUCCAGACACAGCAACUUCAUGCAGCCAUGGCAGACACCUUCCUGGAGCACAUGUGUCGUCUGGACAUAGACUCAGAGCCUAUUGUGGCACGCAACACUGGCAUCAUUUGCACUAUAGGUCCAGCAUCUUGCCCUGUGGAAAUACUAAAGGAGAUGAUAAAAUCUGGAAUGAACGUUGCCCGUCUCAACUUUUCACAUGGAACACAUGAGUACCACGCUGGCACCAUCAAAAAUGUGCGUGAAGCCACAGAGAGCUUUGCUUCCAACCCCAUACUCUACAGGCCUGUUGCAGUUGCCCUUGACACCAAGGGACCAGAAAUCCGAACCGGUCUUAUUAAGGGUAGUGGCACAGCAGAGGUGGAGCUGAAGAAAGGGGGAACCCUCAAGGUGACACUGGAUGAUGCCUUCCAAGACAAAUGCGAUGAUAAUGUGCUGUGGGUAGACUACAAGAACCUCCCCAAGGUGGUGCAAGCUGGCAGCAAAAUCUAUAUAGAUGAUGGACUCAUUUCCCUGCUGGUUAAGGAAGUUGGCAAAGACUACGUUUUGACAGAAGUGGAAAAUGGCGGGUCUCUCGGUAGCAAGAAGGGUGUGAACCUUCCUGGCGCAGCAGUGGAUCUGCCUGCUGUUUCUCCCAAAGACAUUGAAGACCUGCAAUUUGGUGUUGAGCAGGGUGUGGAUAUGGUAUUUGCCUCCUUCAUCCGCAAGGCAGCUGAUGUGCAUGCAGUAAGGAAAGUUCUGGGGGAGAAAGGAAAAAAUAUCAAGAUUAUCAGCAAGAUUGAAAACCAUGAAGGAGUGCGCAGGUUUGAUGAGAUCCUUGAAGCCAGUGAUGGUAUCAUGGUAGCCCGUGGUGACCUUGGUAUUGAGAUCCCAGCAGAAAAGGUCUUCCUGGCCCAGAAGAUGAUGAUUGGCCGUUGCAAUCGCGCUGGCAAGCCUGUUAUCUGUGCCACACAGAUGCUGGAGAGCAUGAUCAAAAAGCCACGUCCAACUCGUGCUGAAGGUAGUGACGUAGCUAAUGCUGUGCUGGACGGUGCAGACUGUAUCAUGCUUUCUGGGGAAACAGCCAAGGGAGACUACCCACUGGAGGCUGUACGGAUGCAACAUAUGAUCGCUCGUGAGGCAGAGGCAGCCAUUUACCAUCGACAGCUGUUUGAGGAGCUGAGGCGUGUGUCCCCAUUGACCCGUGAUCCCACAGAAGCAACAGCUGUUGGAGCAGUGGAGGCAUCCUUCAAAUGCUCCAGCGGAGCCAUCAUCGUUCUCACAAAGUCUGGCAGAUCGGCUCACCUGGUAUCCCGGUAUCGUCCACGGGCUCCUAUUAUUGCAGUGACACGUAAUGGACAAACUGCCCGUCAGGCGCAUCUGUACCGUGGGAUCUUCCCUGUGCUGUACAAGGAGCCAGUGAAUGAAGCCUGGGCUGAGGAUGUGGACCAGCGGGUUAACUUUGCCAUGGAAAUUGGUAAAGCCCGUGGUUUCUUCAAGAGUGGUGAUGUUGUGAUUGUGUUAACUGGAUGGCGGCCAGGCUCUGGUUUCACCAACACCAUGAGGGUAGUCCCAGUUCCUUAAUCUGGGUACCUUCCAACAACACUUGCACUCCCACUCAUUUCCCUGCACUUAGAACGGUUUUCACCUGAGAUGUAAACACUUGCAGUUCUGGUUGUGCACAGGAUGGGGAGAGGCAUUAUGUGUCAUAGCACUGCACUCCUGUGUCCUGCUGCUAUUCACACUCCAUUUAGUAGCCGGUUGUUUUACGUGCUGCUUGCUUCUUCAUGGGAAAACGUGUAGUGCUGUUAAUGCCCCUACUCAUCUCCUGUUGUCCUGUAGUACAAGGGUGUGUCCUGAGUGUGCAAUAAGCAUGUCCUAUGUAUCUUCCCUGGGCAGCUGUGUAGUUAUGGCGUGUGUGGUUAGGGGAAAGCUCAUACCCUCUCUUGGCUUCCUCAGUGUCAGUUGCACUAAGUUUAGUGUUAAAUAAAGUCCAUGCUAAAACAG